AUAAAGUUCAAGUGAAGUAUUCUGAGAUACCUUGAAAACCCGGCGUCCAUGGUGAGGGCAAUGUGAAAUAAGUGCCUUGAACUGCAACAUGUCUGCUGACGAAGGGAAAUCCAGUGCAGCUGUGAAACAGAGGCAAACUUCAGUCUCCUCUUCUGAGGGCUCACUUGGUGCAGGACAGAGAAAGGGAAGUUACGACAUUGGUGAUGUGCAGCUGUUCAGCCCAGAGCAUGGGAACAGCAGCGAGGGUGAACACUCAUCGUAUCUGUCCCAGGAUGAAGAUGCCACCCACACAGAUGAUAGCAGAAUACCUGAGCUGACAGACAAUAAUGAAGAAAUGCUUGAAGACGGAGAAAGUAAAAAAGUUGACCAAGCAUCCAACGAAAGAUUGUCUACAUCCUCAGAAUCAUCCCAAAGUGGAGAGUUCUUUACUCAGAGUGUAUCAGACACUCUCAGUAACUCUUUCAGCAGAGUAAGGUUAGAAGGUGCCAUACAGUUGUCUAAUGAUGGUGUUGGGCAAUCGUUGCAAAGCAAUACAAACCUACAGACUGACCAAGAAAGGGAUAAAGGGACAAAACCCGAAGGUAAAAUGGGAUACACAAAGGAGCAAAAGAAAAAUAUUUACAAAAAAGGAUCUUCAGCUAAUGAAUGUGUGCACAAAGAGACAGGUGAACAGGUUUCCUGUGGGAAAAAGCCUCAGCAGCCAUCAACCUCAAAAGAUAAAAAUGACAGCAAAAGUGCCAUAAAUGAUGAGAACGGUGAAGUACCUGUUAAUUUAAAAGCAUACACUGACAGUCACAAAGCUGAAAUUGAAGCUGAAUGGCUCAAAAGAAAUAAGUUGCAGCCACCAAAGCCCCCACCUUCCACGCCUAUUGAGCAAAGAACGCCACCACCGGAUGAUGACUUUUCAAAUGCCAGAAACAGAUUGUCAAAUUUUCCACAGUCACCCAGACAUAAAGAGGGCGGAGAGCAAGGGCAAGCAAUGAGGACAUUUCAUGUUCCAGGCGAUCAGCCGAGGUCAGAUGGUCUGUACAAUAUGUACAGUCCAGCUCAUUAUGAGACUGUACGAGAAUAUUAUGCCUCUGAGAGAGCAGAAAAUGGGGCUUUGGACGAUUUGGGACCAGAUUUCUUGAACAUGCAGUUCAGUACAGGUAUGUAUGUGCCAUACCCUGUUCAGCCACCUUACACACUGUCACCAAGUCAGUAUGGUCAGUAUCAAGGUCAGUUUCUUGUGUCCACUCCUGCCUUGCCAGGACAGGGUCCGUAUGUUACACCAGUCAGUAUCCCCUCUAGUCCGAGGAGUGAUGGCAAAAGACCAGCCAAUGCUAAACAGGGUAAAAGGUACCAAGAGGAUGAUACUGGAGAGAGUGGCCAGGAGCAGAGAACUGGAGGAAAUGACACAGAAAUGAUGGAGAGGAAUGGACAGUCAGCGCAGAGUGAAUCUGAGGGACAGAGUGUAUUGUCCGAUGUGGAAAGUGGAAAUAAAGGCAUAGGAGAAGAUAUGUCCAACUUGCCAUUGGGUAACCCACAGAUGUAUUCAGCUGGUCAGUAUUUCAAUCCCCCACCUCUCCCUCAGACUACCUGGGUAGAAACAAUUAUUCAGGGGCAGAGUUCAAACCUUCCAUUACCAGAGAAAAACUGGAUGGAGCUCCUGGAAACAUUAGAGAAACAACAUCAUGAGCAAAUGAUGGCACAAUAUCAACAACAUCAACAAAGAAUACAGCUGUUACAGAAGCAAGUUGAACACCAAAUGCUUCAGCAAAGCUUAAACUCUUCAAAGCAGUCACCGGGACAACCUGACACAUGGCACAAGCAGGGCAAUAUUACACCUGUGCUGUCCACUAGUUCAGGUGGACAGGGGUCUGCUGAAAGACUGCCCUCACAGUAUCUCACACCAUCUAAGCCUGGAGCUGACCAAAGGUCAGAUGUGGGCAGCCAGUAUGAAGUUAGUCCAUCCUCCAUUUCACAAUCAAAUUAUGCUUAUAGGAUGUCAGAUGACAAAAAUUUAAAAAGCUGGACCUGCUAG